AAAUAAACAAAAAAAAAUAAACUAGGUCCAGCUGACUAGACUGUGUUUCCUUGUUGAGGUUUCAAUAUAAAAGGCUAGAUAGUGAGCCAGUAAGUCAAUCAACAAUCCUCCUUCUCACAGCUCACACUCUCUCUUCAGCGAUACAACAUGCAAUCAAUCGUUGCUUGCGUUUUGGUUUUGGCUGCGGCCUCUCACGCCAGAUGGAUCAACACUGGGUACGCAAUGAAUGGAUUCGGCGGAUAUUAUCCGAUCGCUCCUAUUCCACAUGUUGCUCCUUUCCCAUCUGUUCCUUACGGCGGAAUUCCAGCGGCUCCUGUCCCAUACGGAGUUCCCAGCUUCACUUCCAGCCAAUACCACGCUCAGGAUGAGAUGGGCCAAGCCAAGUUCGGUUACGCUUUUCCUGGACAGGCAUCGUCCAACUACCGUGACGCUAUGGGCAACCAGAUCGGCAGCUACGCUUACCUCAAUCCCAAUGGCAAAGAGGUCCGCGUUUCCUACACCGCUGACCAUCGAGGCUUCCGAGUCCUUUCCAACGACCUGCCAGUAGCACCCGUGGCCAACUCGGUAGCACCCGUGGCCAAUUUGGUUGCACCUGUCCAAGUCCAGGAUACUCCCGAAGUGGCCCAGGCUAAAGCAGCUCACUUUGCUGCCCACGCCGAAGCCAGAGCUAUUCUUGCUGCCGCCCAAGCCGCCGCUGCUGCCCCCAAACCAGUAGCCCCUGUCGCUGCAGAUCCCAUCACUGUAGCAGCCACCGUCGAAGCUCCAGUAGCCGCUGUUGCAGAACCCGUAGCGGCCUCUUCGGACUCCGUUGCAGUUGUCGUAGAACCCGUUGUCGCCAUCGUAGAACCAGUAGCGGCCGCUUCAGACUCCGUCGCAGUCGUUGUGGAACCCGUUGCAGCCGUCGUAGAACCAGAAACAGCCGCUUCUAACUCGGUCGCAGUUGUCGCUGAACCCGUUGUCGCCGCUUCGGAACCCGUUGCCGCUGUUGCUGAACCCGUUGAAGCCGAUUCGGAACCCGUUGUUGCCGCUUCGGAACCCGUUGCCACUGUUGCUGAACCCGUUGUCGCCGCUUCGGAAGCCGUUGCCACUGUUGCUGAACCCGUUGUCGCCGCUUCGGAAGCCGUUGCCACUGUUGCUGAACCCGUUGUCGCCGCUUCGGAAGCCGUUGCCACUGUUGCUGAACCCGUUGAAGCCGAUUCGGAACCCGUUGCCGCCGCUUCGGAAGCCGUUGCCACUGUUGCUGAACCCGUUGAAGCCGAUUCGGAACCCGUUGCCGCCGCUUCGGAAGCCGUUGCCACUGUUGCUGAACCCGUUGAAGCCGAUUCGGAACCCGUUGCCGCCGCUUCGGAAGCCGUUGCCACUGUUGCUGAACCCUCUGAAGCCGUUUCAGAACCCAUGGAAAGUGCUUCACAAACCGUCGAAGUUGUUGCAGAGUCCGUUGCCGCCGUUCCGGAAACCGUAGUAGUUGUCGAAGCUGAGCCUGCUGCUUCUGAAGCCGCUCCCGUCGUGGUUGCCGUAGCAGAGGAGGCUGCUUCCAACGUAGUUUCUUCAGCAUAAAUUGGGUACUAGUUGCUAGUUUCUGUCAUCAAACUUGUCAUGGAUUCUUUCAUUUCUCUUGCCUUGUCGUCACGUCAAUUUCUUCUCAUAGAAGACGACUUGCAUUAUCGUUUAGCUCUCUUUGUACAUACAAAACUGAUGUGUAUUAAAAAAAAUCAGUCGAUUUGAAUACAUACACAUUUAAAACAUA